UAAUAAUAAUAAGAAGAAGUAAUAUUAGUUAUUACUUAUUAGUAUUUACUAUUUAGUACUAACUAAUAACUAUUAACUAUUAUAAUAACUAUUAGAUAGGUAAAAAGGAAAACCUCGAGUUCGCCGUCGCGAAACAUUCAGUAAUUCGGUCAGACGACGACGAUUGCUGCACGUCAUGAAAAAUGACUUGUUUGACAUGUUUUUGUUCCUUUUCAAGUCCAAAUAUCGACGAAAACGGAUUGUCCCAACAAUGACGACUACGACUGUUACCAAUUUUGCUCUGUUACUGGUACUCGUUUUUGGUAUGGUAUCUGUGGCACAAUGUUCACUGGACCGGUGUAAAGACGUCGAGUGUGGCAAUGGCAUCUGUCUUAAUGGAACGUGCCUGUGCCAUGAUGGAUGGCAAGGUCCGCAGUGCCAGUAUUGCGGUGGAAAAGUCAAGUUAAAUGGAACUUCUGGCUUCAUUUCUGAUGGUAUUGGUAACUACUCACUGGAUGUGAAGUGUAGUUGGCUUAUAGAAGCUGGAAAUUCCACUAAUUCCACAAUCAGAUUGCAUUUUGAAGAAUUCAUUACUGAAUGUGGUUGGGAUCAUUUAUAUAUAUAUGAUGGUGACAGUGUUCACUCUCCAUUACUUGGUGUUUACAGUGGUCUUAUGUACUCAAAAGAUUAUUCUCUGCAGAGUGUACCAGAAAUAGUUGCUCAUUCCGGAUUUGCACUAUUACAUUUCUAUAGCGAUAUUGCUUAUAAUUUAUCCGGUUUUAAUAUUUCUUACAGUUUGAACACAUGUCCAAGCACAACUUCCUCUAAAGAAUGUUCAGGACAUGGUGUUUGUGUAGACUCUGUAUGCACUUGUGAUGCCCAAUUUAUUGGUGAAGCUUGUCACAUUCCAAUUUGUCCAAAUAAGUGCACAGCCAGCAAUGGUAUAUGUGAUAAGGAACAACAUCGCUGCGUCUGUAAUCCAAAGUAUAAAGGUGACGACUGCAGCCAAGUAGCUGAACAUGGUUACUGGGAAGUAUUAAAGACAAGUGAUUUUGUUCCUCAAGGAUCUGCUUCUCAUACAGCAGUUGUAUGGCAAGAUUCUAUGUAUAUUGUUGGGGGAGAGUCUUUUAAAAAAGGACAUAUGUUAUAUGUUUAUGAUUUCAAUGGUCAUGUAUGGGAAACUCCUCAUGUAAUAAGCAAAACAGCACCAACAAUACGAUAUGGACAUUCGUCUGUGCUGUUUGGUGACAAGAUAUAUGUUUUUGGAGGAGUAAAAGAAGAUGGUAUUGUGUGUAAUGAACUAUGGGCUUAUGAUAUAAGUGCAAAGUCCUGGGAAAAUGUUACAGUCAAUACUGGUUUUUGUGAACGUAACCUUAUGAACAUUGGUUUCACAAAUCAAGCUUUGUGUGGACCAUUGCGUAGUGCUGGACAUACAGCGACACUGGUGCCACCUUCGUUUAUAUCACAAUCUACUUCGUCUGGGUCUGGUUCUAAAUAUGUAACAGAACGAAUGAUUAUUAUUUUUGGACAUUCUCCUACUUAUGGUUUUAUGAAUUUUGUUCAAGAAUAUUAUUUUGGUACUAGAGAAUGGGCUGUUGUAAAGACUAAAGGUUAUCCAGUAAAAGGUGGAUAUGGUCACAGUGCUGUUUGGGAUUCUGUGACAGAACGUAUUCUUGUUUAUGGUGGCUAUGUUUCAAUGAGCCCUCUUCAAUCGGCUUUAUCUUCAAAACUUUAUGCAUAUGAUCCUUACUCGCAUACCUGGUAUUUAAUGAGUGAUGGUCCUAGUGGUAGGUUCUUGCAUAGUGGUUCUAUGUUGAGUCCUACUGGAGGUUUAAUGUUGAUAUAUGGUGGAAACAUACAUAACGAUACUGGAGUAAAUUUGGUUUCAUCUGGUGGUCAGUGUUAUACUGCACAACCAUUACUUUAUGAUACCUAUUGUGACUCUUGGACACAAAUGGCAUUGCCUUCAAAUUUAUUCACCAGUCUCAUGCGAUUUGGACAUUCUGCAAUAACAUUUGAAAAAUCUAUGUAUAUUUAUGGUGGUUUCAACGGCCAAAUGCUCAAUGAUAUUCUCAAAUUUUCUCCUGGAAAUUGUUCAUCAAAUAAUAUGAUAACUAAUUGCUUGAAUAGUCGUCAUUUUGGUGUUAAAUGUGUGUGGGAUAACGAAAAAGCCAUUUGUUUACCAUUUUCAGAAAUCCCAGCCAUGCCACCCAGCAUAGAUUUUGAAUCAACUUACAGCCGUUGUCCGGAAGAGAGUAAGUCCCAAGUUACUGGAAUUAUUGAUCAGUGCAAGCGGCAAAUUACAUGUGAAUCAUGCGUUCAUACUCACCGUUGUGGCUGGUGUCCACUGUCAAAUUCUUGUGUUCAUGAUAUAGAGCAAUGUACUACAAUGAAUAGAGAUGAUAUUCCAUAUCGUAGUGAACGUCCAAUAACAUCUGGUUAUCAAUGUACUAAUGAAAAUACUGACCAUAUGCGUUGUAACCAUCUUCACUCUUGUCAAUAUUGUGUUACUCAUUCUGGAUGUCAUUGGAAUUCCAAGAUUGAAGUUCCUAUAUGUGUACCAAUCACAAACAAAUCCAUGAUCCAAGAUUUCACUUCACCAGAUGUAUGUGAAAGUGUUUGUGACCAUUAUACUGAGUGUACUAAUUGUACAAAAGAUGAAUGUAUUUGGUGUCAGAAUAAUGAACGAUGUAUUGAUAAAAAUGCAUACACGUCUUCAUUUCCGUACGGUCAGUGCAGAGAAUGGACAACAGAUGAACACCGUUGUAGAACUUCACCAGGUAAUUCACAGUGCAAUUACUAUAGGACUUGCAUUGACUGUCGAGAUGAUCCAGAGUGUGGUUGGUGUGAUGAUGGAUCGGGUACUGGUUUAGGUUCAUGCAUGGCAGGUGGCAAUACGCCACCCCAAUCUUGUGCUCAAAAUAAAUGGUAUUUCACUCAUUGCCCAACUUGUCAGUGCAAUGGCCACAGCACUUGCAUGAACAAUACUGACGUGUGUAUACAUCCAUGUUCAAAUAACACCGAAGGUCAAAAUUGUGAGACAUGUAUUAAAGGAUUCUAUGGGAACCCAGUUAAUGGUGGUGAAUGUAAAGAAUGUCGUUGUAACAAUCAAGGUAACCAUUGUAACCAAGAAAAUGGAAAAUGCUAUUGUACUACAAAAGGAAUAAUUGGAGAUAAUUGUGAAAAAUGUGAUACAAACAACCAUUAUCUUGGAGACCCAUCUAAUCAUGGUUCCUGUUUUUACGAUCUGACCAUUGAUUAUCAAUUUACAUUCAACCUGUCUAAAAAAGAUGAUCUGAGAUUCACACAAAUCAAUUUUCAAAAUUCUCCUUCUAAGUCUGAUGUGGACGCUGACUUUAGCAUCACCUGUUCGGUGAUGGCCAAGAUGAACAUCACUGUCAAACCUGCAUCUGGACCAGAAAAGAUGCUACUACCGUUACAGAACUGCACAAACUUCAGGACUAAGUUUUUAAAAUCCGAGUAUAUGUUUGGCACCGGCGAUAACAUGUCACUGACAACAUUCUAUGUUUACGUUUAUGAUUUCAAACCUCCGCUUUGGAUACAGAUAUCAUUUUCUCAGUAUCCAAAAUUAAAUCUUCAACAGUUUUUUAUCACGUUUUCUUCGUGUUUUUUACUUUUGCUGUUGGUUGCUGCCAUAUUGUGGAAGCUCAAACAGAAAUAUGACAUGUACCGCAGGAGACAGAGAAUGUUUGUGGAAAUGGAACAGAUGGCCAGUAGACCGUUUUCAGUAGUCGAGGUGGAAAUAGAAAAACGCAACGCCAUUCAUGGUAACCAGAUACCAACCAUUUCCGUAUCGAGCAAUUUGAGAAAACGCAAAAUCGACGUACCGAAUCCAGUGGCCUUGGAACCCUGCGCCGGAAAUCGAGCAGCCGUAUUGACGUUGCUCGUCAGACAGCCUACAGGCAAUGAUAGAUUCACACCACACGGAUAUUCAGGUCUGGCGAUAGCGUCUGCUCUGGUUGUGGUGGGUAACGUCCAACAUUCCAAGACCAAUGGAAUCGACAACGGCAGUUCUCCGCUGCCGGGAAAAGAAGACGUCCGCUGGACUGGUAGGGGUUUGAAAGCCAGCCAGCAUCCAAGCGAAGCGCGAAUUUAA